CCUCCCAGUGCUCUCCGCCGUACGCUUCAGCCUUUCUGCGGCCUCAUCACUACCAUCCGCGAAGUCGCCGCUCGGUAACCUUUACUAAGUCAUUAGAUAAUUCCGGAGGAGGCCGCAACAUGUCCGACAAAUUGCCCUACAAAGUCGCUGAUAUCAGCCUGGCCACCUGGGGACGCAAGGCCCUGGACAUAGCAGAGAAUGAGAUGCCCGGCCUGAUGAAACUUCGAGAGAUGUACUCGAGCUCCAAGCCACUGAAGGGUGCCCGGAUUGCUGGCUGCCUCCACAUGACCGUAGAGACAGCUGUCCUCAUUGAGACACUGGUGGCCCUGGGAGCUGAGGUACAAUGGUCCAGUUGCAACAUUUUCUCUACCCAGGACCAUGCAGCAGCUGCCAUUGCCAAGACUGGGAUUCCUGUGUACGCUUGGAAGGGAGAGACAGAUGAGGAAUAUCUCUGGUGCAUCGAGCAGACCCUCUAUUUCAAGGAUGGGCAGCCACUCAACAUGAUCCUGGAUGAUGGUGGGGACCUCACCAACCUUGUUCACACCAAAUACCCCGAGCUCCUGAAGGGCAUCAAAGGCAUCUCAGAGGAGACCACCACAGGCGUACACAAUCUAUACAAGAUGAAGACAAAUGGAAUUCUGAAAGUGCCUGCCAUCAAUGUGAAUGAUUCUGUUACCAAGAGCAAAUUUGACAACCUGUAUGGCUGCCGUGAGUCCCUCAUUGAUGGUAUCAAACGAGCCACAGAUGUGAUGAUUGCAGGCAAGGUGGCCGUGGUGGCAGGCUAUGGUGAUGUGGGCAAAGGCUGUGCUCAGGCCCUUCGGGGCUUUGGUGCCCGAGUCAUUGUCACAGAGAUAGACCCCAUCAAUGCACUACAAGCCUCUAUGGAGGGUUAUGAGGUGACCACCAUGGAUGAGGCCUGCAAAGAGGGAAACAUCUUUGUCACCACCACCGGAUGCAUAGACAUCAUCUUGGGCAGGCACUUUGAACAAAUGAAAGACGACGCAAUAGUGUGUAACAUUGGACACUUUGAUGUGGAAAUAGAUGUAAAGUGGCUGAAUCAAAAUUCGGUGGAGAAGGUGACCGUGAAGCCUCAGGUGGAUCGCUAUAAACUGAAGAAUGGACGGCGGAUCAUCUUGCUGGCAGAGGGCCGGCUAGUCAACUUGGGCUGUGCUAUGGGCCAUCCCAGCUUUGUCAUGAGCAAUUCCUUCAGCAACCAGGUGUUGGCCCAGAUUGAGCUGUGGACUAACCCAAACAAAUACCCUGUGGGAGUGCACUUCCUCCCCAAGAAGUUGGAUGAAGCUGUGGCCGAAGCCCACCUUAGCAAACUGAAUGUGAAGCUGACGAAGCUGACAGAGAAACAGUCUCAGUACCUGGGCCUCCCUAUAGAGGGCCCCUUCAAACCCGACCACUACCGCUACUGAAUCCUGGCCAGACCGAAGGCUCCAAGAGACCAACCACAUCUUCUUGCCUAUCCAGCCCUAUCCAGCCCUUCCUGCACAGAGUAAUAAAUGGCAUCUACGCUA